AUGGAGGAGCGGCGGCCUCUCCUGGCCAGGUCACCCCGGGUGUUCGGGCGGCGCUGGUUGGUCCUCGUCCUGUUUUCGGCUCUUGGGUUCCUGCAGGGACUGGUGUGGAACAGCUGGGGGCCCAUCCAGGCCUCGGCCCGGGCCGUCUAUGGCUUCUCCGGCCUGGACAUCGCCCUCCUCGUCCUGUGGGGGCCCAUCGGCUUCCUGCCCUGCUUCCUCUUCAUGUGGAUGAUGGACAACAAGGGCCUGCGUGUGACCGUGCUGCUGACCUUGGUGUUCAUGGUGCUCGGAGGCGGUCUGCGAUGUGUGCCCGUGUCGGACUUGUCACUCAGGAGAAGACUCAUCCACGCAGGUCAGCUCCUGAACGGAUUUGCAGGCCCGACUGCCAUGAAUGCGGCUCCUUUCCUUUCCACAACAUGGUUCCCGCCAGACGAGCGAGCCACGGCCACCGCCAUCGCCUCUAUGCUCAACUACCUGGGCGGAGCCUGCGCUUUUCUCAUCGGCCCACUUGUCGUGCCGGCUCCUAACGCGACAUCCAGCGGCCUUCUGUCUACAGAUAACGUUGGAUCAAUCAAGGACAGGAUAGAGGCCGUGCUGUAUGCAGAGUUCGGAAUAAUCGCUCUGGUCUUUGUGGCGGUCGUGGCCUAUUUCCCCGCUCGGCCCCCGGUCCCCCCAAGUAUUGCCGCUGCCAGUCGCAGGUUGAGUUACAGAAGUAGUAUCUGCAAGCUGCUCAGCAACGUUCGGUUCCUAAUGAUCGUUCUGGCUUACGCCAUACCUCUAGGGUUCUAUGCUGGCUGGUCCGGGUUUUUUUUGGAUCUGAUCUUAACACCUAUCCAUGUGAACCAGGUUGACGCCGGCUGGAUCGGAUUCUGGUCCAUUGUUGGGGGAUGUAUCGUCGGAAUCGCUUUGGGCAGGUUUGCAGAUUCAUUCCGGGGGAUUCUGAAGCCCAUUCUCGUCUUACUCUUCUCAGGCUCCACACUAAUGGCCACGUGGUUCACACUGACCUUCCUCAGUAAUAUCACUCACCUUCCUCUCACUACAGCGACUCUGUACGCCUCGUGUAUUCUGCUCGGCGUUUUCCUGAACGGCUCGGUGCCCAUCUUCUUUGAGAUGUUCGUGGAGACGGUGUACCCGGUGCCGGAGGGGAUCACCUGCGGAUUCGUCACCUUCCUCAGUAAUAUCUUCUCUGGGAUCCUUCUGGUGUUUUUAACCUUUUAUCACACAGACUUGUCCUGGCUGAACUGGUGCCUGACGGGAUCUUGCUUGCUCAGCUUGUUUUUUAUUGUGUGCUUCAGGGAAUCCUACGAUAGACUCUACCUAGACGUCUUUAUUUCUGUCUAA